AUGUCAGAAGGGUUUACUGGUCUUUUUGACCGGUCUGAAGCUUCGAUAGCAGGUUUAUUUGACGAUGGGACGUGGGCAACUGGAUUUAGUCCGGGGAGUUUCUUUCACACGUCCCCACAGUUGCCAAGAGUUCGACAGUCGGCCGAUGAAGAAUCACCACAAGCUACUUGUCCAGCAGUGCCCACAGAAAGGGAGGGCCCUUCCAUUUGUCUUGACACUCAAGGUUCAAUGACAGCACAAUUACUCGGCAGCACUGGCGACAUGGACCCUUUACUGAUCCGUCGGUACCAGUACAAUACAUCUGAGGCUUUUCAUUUCAAAAAUCUCAGUAUCCAAUCCGUAUCGUCAGGCUCCAACCCAAUCCAGUUUUUAAUGUCAAAACCAUCAAUAUUCGGUGCCAGCAGGGAAGAAAAUGGAUGCGACAACGUUUCGACGCUUGAAUUGAGGCAGAAACUCGAAUCCUUGGUACCAGCAGGUAUUGGCCUCAGACUUAUCAGUCUAUUUGAUAGGAUCGUCAUACCAGAAUAUCCUAUGCUCGUUCCACCAGGUCAACUAAAUCCCAAGACCACCGCGCCAUACCUCCUUGCAAGCGCAUAUCUAAUAGUCGAGCCCUUCACUAAAUUUGACGAAAAACUAUGCAUUGAUCUCGCAUACGAUAAGCCAUCGGCAGUCGCACUUCAUCAAAUUAUCAACGAAGCGAUUCCAUAUGAAGUGCAUGCACCGAAGCUAUGCAUCAUACAGACAUUGCUUACUUUGGUCAUUCGACCUUACCCGAACCCAAUUGUGUUAGAUAGUGGCUUCAAAUGGUCACAGCUCGCUACUCUUAUUGCUUGCGCUCACACCCUCGGGCUGCAUUUGGAUCCAAGCUCUUGGCAAAUAUCUUCAUGGGAAAUAUUUCGGAGACGGUGCUUGUCUUGUCUCAUUUAUUCGACAGACAAGUGGCUUGCAUUGAGUCUUGGGCGUCCAGCUUUGCUGCAUUAUGAUAACUGGCUCGUGACAAGUCUUAGCCAAAAUGAUUAUUCUAUUAGCAGCCUUGAUCCUUUGGCUUGGUCAAAAAUUAUGAAGCGAGCGGAACUCGACUCUCUGCUUGACCGUGUCCUAACCCAAUUAUAUUCUCCUCGUUCCAUCAAUGCGUUGUGUGCCGAUUUUCAGAAGACCAUCGCAAUAACUGGUCCAUUACUUCAGGAUCUCCAUUUGUGGCAUGGACAAGCAUCCGCAUCAUCGAGCCAUUCCCGACCAUCAGAUCAAGGCAGACCAGUGGGGCUAGAGAGGACGCUUGAAAUGGAGUACCAUUAUAUUCAUUUAAGCAUUUGCAGGGCUGCCCUCAGACCAUUCAUGCAGCCAACUGUUGAAAGGUCGGAUGAUGCAGAGUAUGCGAUGGCACGUGAGCAGGCCCGGAUCCGAGCAGAAGUUUGCCUCUGGGCAGCGGUUGAAUAUAUUCACGAUUUAAAGCCUGAGGAUCUUGAAACUGUAUGGCCAGCCUGGAGUGCGACCGCAUUCUCAUCCAUAUGUUUCCAGAUACUCGAAAUGGCCGCGAGCUCCGUUGAUCGUAAGGAGGCAGAUAAGUGGGUGGCUUGUCUCCGUGACGUGCGCCGAGACAUGCGCCUGAAGGGCGAUUUUCUACCUUGCCUUCAUCUUGGCCUUCUGCGGAUUGACUCCAUAUUUUGGAAGGGGGUGGAGAAUGUGUUGCACCUGGAAGAGCAUGUUCGGCAAGCCUUUGCAUCAUGA